CGAAAACCAGCAACCAGCAGAGCCCCCUGUUUUCCCCUCCCGCCGCGUCCGUCCACUCCGUCCUCGCUGCCGCCAACUGCCUGCAUCGGCUACCUGCCGGCUGCCGGACGUAUAUAAGCGCCUCCCCUCCCCUCGUCAUCGCCGCAGUGCAGAGCGUCAACACAAGCAAGCAGACCAAGAUUCAGAAGCAAGAACAAGUCUCUAGCCGGUGCGCGAUCGAUCGAGAGGACUGACCGAGAUCGUCAUCAAGCUCGGAGCAAGCAGUGAAUUAAGAUGAGCGCAUCGUCGUCGGUGGCCGUGAGCAAGAAGGCGUCGUCGCUGGUGGUGGCGGCGAGCAUGAGCGCGGUGGAGGCGCUCAAGGACCAGGCGGGGCUGUGCCGGUGGGACUACGCUCUCCGCUCGCUCUACAACCGCGCGGCCGCCGCCAAUAAGGUCGUCGUCACCGGCCGUGCCGUGCCGGUGUCGCUCUCGUCGUCCCAGGCCGCGGGCGGCAGCGCUGCGGCCUCCACUCCCGCGGCCGCCGCCGGCAGGGCCGCCAGGCCCAGGCGAUCGGAGGAGGAGAAGCUGCACAAGGCGUACCACCUCGUCUGCUGGGGCCCUAAUUAGUUCUUCUUUGUAUACACGUCUUAUGCGAAUUGCGAUUCCUCCUCUUCUUGUUCAUACAUAGAGAUACAGAGAUGUACUAUGUGUCUGCAAAUUUUGCAUGUAAUCCGUCCUCUGAAGCCAUGGGAAUUGCUUAUUGCUGGGUGAUAAACAAAUGGACAUGGGAAAUUUUGUGAUGUGAUUAGUGAUUACCUCUUGGCUCUUGCAGUCUUGC